GUAAAGUUAGGGGGAGCGAGCAGCUUCGUCAGCGAGGCGGGAGCCGGCGAGGCUCGGCGGCCGCCAUUACUGAGCCGGGAGUGCCGGCAGGGCGCGGGGCGGCGGCGGAGCGAGCCCCGCGGGCGGGAGGCGCCGGCGGGGCCCGGCGAGGAGAGCGCGUCCCGGGAAUGCCGUUGCCCGCCCGCCGCCGCCGCGGAGCAGCCGGAGCCGCAGCUGGAGCUGGGGCCGGGCGAGGUUCCUCAGGGAAGGAUUCAUUGAAGGACACCAUUUAAAUGUGUGACAUCACUGCAGGAAGGUAUCAGCAGGAUAACCAACUUCCUGCUUUAGAACCUUAUUUUUAUAAGGGAAGAUGACCCACCUAAUCUUGAAUAUCUGAGUUUCUCAUGGUGAUGGGCAGAAGAAAGAAAAACCGAAUAUUAAUCCUGUAACCUGGGAUAUACAACUUUAAUUCAUAAAGACUUUUUUCAGAAUGAAAGCCACAUGCAAUUACCUUGAUGAAUGCAGAAGGAUGAGAGGAAAGUUAUGAUGGCAAAAAACAAAGAGCCUCGUCCCCCAUCCUAUGCUAUUAGUGUUGUUGGACUAUCAGGAACUGAAAAAGACAAAGGUAAUUGUGGAGUUGGAAAAUCAUGUUUGUGCAAUAGAUUUGUUCGUUCAAAAGCAGAUGAAUAUUACCCUGAGCAUACCUCUGUGCUUAGCACAAUUGACUUUGGAGGACGAGUUGUUAACAAUGAUCACUUUUUGUACUGGGGUGACGUAACACAAAGCAGCGAGGAUGGAAUAGAAUGCAAAAUUCACGUAAUUGAACAGACAGAGUUCAUUGAUGAUCAGACUUUUUUGCCUCAUCGGAGUACAAAUUUACAACCAUACAUAAAGCGUGCAGCUGCCUCCAAAUUACAGUCGGCAGAAAAAUUAAUGUACAUUUGCACAGAUCAGCUUGGCUUGGAGCAAGACUUUGAGCAAAAACAAAUGCCUGAAGGGAAACUAAGCAUAGAUGGGUUUUUAUUAUGCAUUGACGUAAGCCAAGGGUGCAAUAGGAAGUUUGAUGAUCAACUUAAAUUUGUGAAUAAUCUCUAUAUCCAGCUAUCAAAAUCUAAAAAAUCUAUAAUAAUUGCAGCAACAAAAUGUGAUGAGUGUGUGGAUCAUUAUCUUCGAGAAGUUCAGGCAUUUGCUUCUAACAAAAAGAACCUUGUAGUGGUGGAAACAUCAGCAAGAUUCAAUGUCAAUGUUGAGACAUGUUUUACUGCGUUGGUACAAAUGAUGGAUAAAACUCGUGGUAAACCUAAAAUAAUUCCAUAUCUGGAUGCCUAUAAAACACAGAGGCAACUUGUUGUUUCGGCAACUGAUAAAUUUGAAAAACUUGUGCAAACUGUGAGAGACUAUCAUGCAACUUGGAAAACUGUUAGUAAUAAACUGAAGAAUCAUCCUGAUUAUGAAGAGUACAUAAAUUUGGAGGGAACAAAAAAGGCCAAAAACACAUUUUCAAAACACAUAGAGCAACUUAAACAGGAGCAUAUUAAAAAACGAAGAGAGGAAUAUAUUAAUGCAUUACCAAGAACUCUUAACACACUUUUAUCCAAUCUUGAUGAAAUUGAACACUUGAACUGGUCAGAAGCCUUGAAGUUAAUGGAAAAAAGGCCAGAUUUCCAACUGUGUUUUGUGGUGCUAGAAAAAACACCUUGGGAUGAAACUGACCAUAUAGAUAAAGUGAAUGAUAGGAGGAUCCCAUUUGAUCUCCUUAGCACAUUAGAAGCUGAAAAAGUUUAUCAAAACCAUGUACAGCAUCUUAUAUCUGAAAAGAGGAGGGUUGAAAUGAAGGAGAAGUUUAAAAAAACUCUUGAGAAAAUACAGUUCAUUUCACCUGGACAGCCAUGGGAAGAAGUUAUGUGUUUUGUGAUGGAGGAUGAAGCAUUCAAAUACAUCACUGAUGCAGAUAGUAAAGAAGUGUAUAGUAGGCAUCAGAGGGAGAUAGUCGAAAAAGCCAAAGAGGAAUUUCAGGAGAUGCUUUUUGAACAUUCCGAGCUCUUUUAUGACUUGGAUCUUAAUGCCACACCCAGCUCAGACAAAAUGAGUGAAAUUCAUGCAGUUCUAAGUGAAGAGCCUAGAUACAAAGCUUUACAGAAGCUUGCACCUGAUAGAGAAUCUCUUUUGCUUAAACACAUUGGAUUUGUUUAUCAUCCAACUAAAGAAACUUGUCUCAGUGGCCAAAAUUGUAUGGAUAUUAAAGUAGAACAGUUACUUGCCAAUAGUCUUUUGCAGCUGGACCACGGUCGCUCAAAUUUGUACCAUGAUAGUGCCAACAUUGAUAAAGUUAAUCUUUUCAUUUUGGGUAAAGAUGGCCUUGCACAAGAGUUGGCAAAUGAAAUUAGGACACAAUCCACUGAUGAUGAAUAUGCCUUAGAUGGAAAAAUAUAUGAACUAGACCUUAGGCCGGUUGAUGCAAAGUCACCUUACCUUAUAAGUCAGCUAUGGACUUCUGCCUUUAAACCACAUGGAUGUUUCUGUGUGUUUAACUCUAUUGAAUCACUCAAUUUUAUUGGAGAAUGCAUUGGAAAAAUUAGGGCUGAAGCAUCUCAGAUAAGGAGAGACAAGUAUAUGGCUAAUCUUCCAUUUACAUUAAUAUUGGCUAAUCAGAGAGACAGUGUUAGCAAGAAUCUACCUAUUCUGAGACACCAGGGUCAACAGUUAGCCAACAAAUUGCAGUGUCCUUUUGUAGAUGUGCCUGCUGGUACAUAUCCCCGUAAAUUUAACGAGACUCAAAUAAAGCAAUCUUUGAGGGGAGUGCUAGAAGCAGUUAAGCACAAUUUUGAUGUUGUGAGCCCUGUUCCUACCAUCAAAGAUCUGUCAGAAGCUGACUUGAGAAUUGUGAUGUGUGCCAUGUGUGGAGAUCCAUUUAGUGUGGACCUUAUUCUUUCACCUUUCCUUGACUCUCACUCCUGUAGUGCUGCUCAAGCUGGCCAAAAUAACUCUUUAAUGCUUGAUAAAAUCAUAGGUGAAAAAAGGAGGCGAAUACAGAUAACAAUAUUAUCAUACCAUUCUUCAAUUGGUGUAAGAAAGGAUGAAUUAGUUCAUGGAUACAUACUAGUUUACUCUGCUAAAAGGAAGGCAUCCAUGGGAAUGCUGCGGGCAUUUCUUUCAGAAGUACAAGAUACUAUUCCUGUCCAGCUGGUGGCUGUUACUGAUAGCCAGGCAGAUUUUUUUGAGAAUGAAGCUAUUAAGGAGUUAAUGACUGAAGGAGAACACAUAGCAACAGAGAUUUCUGCUAAAUUUACUGCUUUAUAUUCUUUGUCUCAAUAUCAUCGUCAAACUGAAGUUUUCACACUGUUCUUCAGUGAUGUACUGGAGAAGAAAAACAUGAUUGAAAAUUCUUACAUGUCUGAUAGCACCAGGGAAUCAACACAUGCAAGUGAAGAUGUUUUUCUGCAGUCCCCCAGGGGAAGUUCUCUUGCUUAUAAUUACUAUCCAGAUUCAGAAGAUGAUACUGAAGCACCACCACCUUACAGUCCAAUUGGUGAUGAUGUGCAGCUGCUCCCAACACCUAGCGAUCGUUCAAAAUAUCGCUUGGACUUGGAAGGAAAUGAGUAUCCUGUUCAUAGCACACCACUCAACUGCCAUGACCAUGAGCGCAACCAUAAAGUGCCUCCUCCUAUAAAACCUAAGCCCCUUGUACCCAAGACAAAUGUGAAAAAAUUGGACCCAAACCUUCUAAAAACAAUUGAGGCAGGCAUUGGUAAAAACCCAAAAAAACAACUUUCUCGAGUGCCUGUGGCACCUCCAGAAGAUUUAGACCAAUCUGAUAAUUAUGCAGAACCUAUUGACACUAUUUUCAAACACAAAGGCUUCACUGAUGACAUUUAUGCUGUGCCUGAUGAUAGUCAGAAUCGUAUUAUUAAAGUUCGAAACUCAUUUGUUACAAACAAUGCCCAAGGAGAUGAAGAAAACGGGUUUUCUGACAGACUGUCUAAGAGUCACGGGGAAAGAAGACCUUCAAAAUACAAAUAUAAAUCUAAGACAUUGUUUAGCAAAGCCAAAUCUUAUUAUAGGAGAACGCAUUCAGAUGCCAGUGAUGAUGAAGCUUUUACCAUGUCUAAAACAAAAAGAAAAGGAAGACAUCGUGGAAGUGAAGAAGAUCCACUUCUUUCACCUGUAGAAACAUGGAAAGGUGGAAUUGAUAACCCAGCUAUAACUUCAGAUCAAGAAUUAGAUGAGAAAAAAAUGAAGAAGAAAACGCACAAAGUAAAAGAAGAUAAGAAGCAGAAAAAGAAACCUAAGACUUUCAAUCCUCCAACCCGUAGAAACUGGGAAAGUAAUUACUUUGGGAUGCCCCUACAAGAUCUGGUUACAGCCGAGAAGCCCAUACCUCUGUUCGUUGAAAAAUGUGUGCAGUUCAUUGAAGAUACAGGACUGUGUACUGAAGGUAUCUACCGUGUUAGUGGGAAUAAAACGGAUCAAGACAACAUUCAGAAGCAGUUUGAUCAAGAUCAUAAUAUUAACCUAGAAUCUAUGGAAGUGACAGUAAAUGCUGUGGCAGGGGCUCUUAAAGCCUUCUUUGCAGAUCUUCCAGAUCCUUUAAUUCCUUACUCUCUACAUCAAGAAUUGGUCGAAGCAUCAAAGAUCCUGGAUAAGAUGGAAAGACUUCAUGAGUUAAAAGAAAUUGUGAAGAAAUUCCAUCCUGUGAACUAUGAUGUCUUCAAAUAUGUAAUAACUCAUCUUAACAGGGUUAGCCAGCAAAAUAAAACCAAUCUUAUGACUGCUGACAAUUUAUCAAUUUGUUUCUGGCCAACUCUGAUGAGGCCUGAUUUUGAAAACAGAGAGUUUCUGUCUACCACCAAGAUUCAUCAGUCGGUAAUAGAGACCUUCAUUCAACAGUGCCAGUUCUUCUUUUACAGUGGAGAUAUUGUAGAAACACCUAACCCAGUGACAACAUGUCAGCCACCACCUUCCAACCCAGUUCAGAUGGUGGAACCAAUGGUACCUCUUCAGUUACCACCACCAUUGCAACCUCAGCUGAUACAACCACAAUUACCAGCAGAUCCUCUUGGUAUUAUAUAAAUAGAAGAUGAUUGCAGGCAGCCUGUCAUUGAACAGAAAAGAAAAGCUAUAGACAUGCAUGUUUCAGGAUACAAUAAUGUACUUCAUAUUUAUGAAAAAUUAUUUGCAUCCAAACUGAAGGGACAUUUUUGUUAUAACCCAUACUGUGUUUUUCAUUCAUACACACUGCAGAUCAAAACAACGUGAUAAGCAUGACUGGAGAGGUUUAGUUUUUACAAACAAAAAUAGCUAUAAAGUACAAAGCUGCUGCUGCAUGAAACCUUAUUGCAAAUCACUAUAUCAUUCCUGUGACAGUUUGUCACAUAUAUUGUGAAUAAAACUUUUCUAUAGAAAUUUAAUGAUUUAAAAAUCACACGUAUGAAACAUUCAGUGCUUACAGCCUGCUUUAUGGCUGCUUUUGUUAUUUAAUGUGCUAUUUUUGGCAAUUUUAUUAGUGUGGCGGGCCAGUAGGGGGAGCUUCUGUGUUGAGCCUCCCACCUCACUACGCUCGUCCACCUUCCGGACUCCACGUGAUGCCCCAGGGGCGCCUAAGCCCUGGCAGACCCCCUUUCGAGCCCCACCGCAGAGUCCGGGGGUAACAUGCGGCCACCACCCCGAGAGGGGACCUUCUAGAUUCUGUGUCCUCGGGAAAACACAGGCCUAAUAGUCCUACGGGUACUGGACCCAAUACAAGCACUUGGGGCUCCUCCCCAAGUCAGGGGCCAAAAAGGAUAGUCUCCCUUAGUCCUCAGACCUAAGGGGCCUCCUAGGCAUAAUUAAACCCACCUCUCAAUAAGUCUCCUACACCAGUCACAAAGGAGAACUUUAUUGAUUACAAAGGGUAGGGUUAGAAUAGGGUAAGAGGUAGAGCACUAUUAAGCGAUUACCAUUGAGCAAAACAGUCUGGCUGAGGUAGCCGUUUGAUACACAAAUGCUUCACUGUGAGCUGACUAACUCUCUAGAAAAACUUACAAGCAUCAUCCAGAAGAUGGUAGAGAUCUGGCUCAGAUUUCCAGAGAGAGUAUGUUUCAGUUGGAUCAGACUCUCUCCCUGUGUCCUGGUGUUUGGGCCAUGCUGGUAAAAUGGCUUCUCUCCUCCUUCUCCUUGGACCAGGCCCUUAUAUAGCCUUUCCGACCUCAGCAGCCCAGUCCAAUAGAAGCCAGCAGUGUUGGCAACUAGCCAACCAAUUUAAAAAGCAUCGCUGGUUACCUGGGCAGAUGAGCAGGGGCUUUUCCCUCCCCCCACUCAGGUGACCAGAGGGACCACACCCUCGGCACCAGGCUUUUGUCAUGUAGGCAGGGAGGAAAAUCCCCCCUCCCUAAGGAAUUUGACCCCAGUGUCCCAAGCUGACCAGGACAGAUUUCUGGAGAGAGAGACAGAUGGUGGCAUUUCUGCCACAAUUCACAUUCAGGCAUUCUGUGUAGACAGCAAAAGCCCAGUGAUAGUUUUAUUUUGUAACCUCCCAGCUACUUAUCGGAUGGUAUGAUUGGGAUGGUUUUGAAAGAAUGCAAAAUGUACUGUUCAAAAUAUUAUAAUCCUGCACCUUCCAUAUUUACUUGUAAGUAAACCUGUGGAAAAUUCAUUGAGGGGUGGGUAAACUUGCUUAUUUUUUCUUACAGCACAAUACCAAGGACAUGCUUGUUGUAAAAGUGAGUUUCAAAUAUUGUACAAAAAUUUGAUGUUGCCUACUUAUUUCCCUAUGUUUCAUUACUAAACUAAACAUUUUGUAAUAAGGUUAAUUCUGUAAACAGCUGCAUGUUUAAAAGAUCAUCGCUGGUCUUGUAAACUUAAUCUAAAAUAUUUUAGAUAUUUUAUUUUUUCCCACUUGGGAAUACAUGUAGUAUGUAGGAAAUAGUUCAUGGCAUUUUCAUAUAAGUUUAUAUAACUUUUCAUACAUAAACAUGAACUUUGUUGUAGUAAAAUUCUCUAAACCAAACAAUGUUUUAAUCUAGGACUUCAAUUUAAUCUAGUCUUUAAAUCUAUUUUUAUGUGGCCCUUUAAAGAUAUACAAAAUGCAUUGCUAAUACAUAGCAAUAAAUACUUUGGGUACUGAUAAUUAACCUUUGGAAUCUGUAUAUAUAAAAAUCACAUAAACUUGUAUUCAUGUUUCUUUUCCUCAGUAUAUUGUACUAAAAAUUCAAAAUGAUUUUGUUUUUGCACCACUUUUAAUUCUUUCUUUUACAUUGGUACCAAUUUUGCUGUAAAAGAAUGCUGCUUAAAUUAAAAAAAAUAUUUUGGUUAAACAGUUUGUUAUUGGUUAAAAAAUAGAGUACAAAUCUUAGCAGAGGGGAGGCCAUAGUUAAACAGUAUUUGUGAGAUUUUUCUUAACAGUUUUUUUUCAUGCUCCAAGUAUAGCUUUUUUGGUCUGAAAAGCAAAAGCAAAAACAAAAAACAAAACCCCCCAACAUUUGGAUUCACUAAGAUGCUAGGACUUGUUUUGUGUAGUUUUUUUUUUUUUUUUAAAGGCUUUAUGCUGGUCACUGUUGUCAUCUUCAUUCAUAAUGAAAGUUUAAGAUCAUCUUCUGUGUAUGAUAGUAAAUAGAUGAUUUUGAGAGUUAAGACUCUUAAGAGUUUGAUUUGCUCCAUUUUCUUAAAAUAAAAAUUGCCUUUCCCAAUUGUUAUGUCCUAGGUAUUGUACUUCUAAUUAUGACUUGGGUUAUCAUUCUAGGUAAUAUGAUACCAUAAACCAGGCUGCUGUUGAAGUACGUGUAUAUUAUAAAUUAUCUUGAUAUUUGUGUUAUAUUCUUGCAAGUAAUUAUCUUUUCUAAGAAAACAAAAACAAAUAAACAAAUAACCCCUAUUCCUAUUGCAAAGCACACAGGAAUUGAUAAAGUACAAUAAAGUCUGUCCUGUAAAUUGUAGUAUUCUUAACUUGUUCUACAUUACAUCUGUUGUCAAUAUAGCUUUUAUUUAUAGCUCCCAGUCUAACAAUGGCAUGUUUAGCAAUUAAGAAAACUUCAAGAGUUUUAUAAACUAUUUCUAGGUUGCUAAAGAAUUUAUUUUUCUACUAUAUAUGGUAUGGACAAAGCAUCAAACUGUACAGGAAACAAGUCUGACUAUUUCUAAUGGAAGUAGGCUUAAAAAUAUUUUUUUCCAUUAUAUCCAUAUUUAAAUUCUGUCUGGUAAAACUGUACUCAGGUUUGCUGCUGUAAACCUUAUUUUAAAACUUUUUGCAAAGUAUAAGUUCUGUUUGCCAUAAUGUUAAGCUAAACUUUAAUUUCAGAAUUAUCCUUUUUAUUUCGUUUUCCACAAUCAAUUUCAAAUGGAUCAUAUUUUAGAUAAAUUAUGUGCAGUAUCACCUACUUUUUGUCUAUAGUACUAUAAAUCUUUUUCUGCAAUGAGGUUUUGCUGUUGGAUUUGGCUUGGUUGGAUUGUGUCGACAGCACUUACUAAAAGAUUAAUUAAAAAAAAAAAAAAGACUUGGCAUAUGACAUGCUGUUGGCCUUUUUAAAGUUCCUGUGAAGUCUUUAGUUAAUAAAAUAUUACAGGUAUGUGUAGGAAUGUUUGUGUAUAUGUAUAUACACAUACAUAUAGUAAAAGUAAGUAAAGACACUAAAAAUAAUAGCAUUGCUACUUAAUAAAACUUUGUAAUAAAGCUUUCUAUAUUGUUAUCUUUAGUACUGCUAUAAAACAAUCCUGCAUAUUUGGGCUAAUGAAGUUAUUAAGUUUAAAAGAGAAUCCAAACCAUAAGAACAUAUUUUUACACUUAAGCAUUUUACAGUAAUAACUGUAUCUUGAUUUAAAAAAAAAAAUGAAAAUGUAUUAUUUUGGCUUUACCAUCUCACAAUGACACUUUAUCUUGAAGUAGUAUUUAAUGUAUUUUGUUAUAGUCAGAUUUGCUACUAAGAUGUUCUUUCUUUGAAAAAUUUUAAAACCCCCCACAAAAUAAGUUUUGAGUGGUGUUUUGUUAAGUAAUGUUUUACAGAUUAUUUUCAAUUUCAUUACACAUACAACCUUAUGGGUUUUUAACAAAUAUGGUGUAAAUAAGUGACAGAUGUCUGAUCUCAGUGAAGAGGAAUAUGUUUACCGUGUAUGUUUUCUUCAUUAUUUGAAUACUGGUUGCUAGAAAUUUCCAUAGACUGGUUUAUUUUUAAGGUACUGGAAUUUAGCCUCUAAUAUCUCUGGGGUGGGGUGUGUGUGUGUGUGUGUGUGUGUGUGUGUGUGUGUGUGUGUGUGUGUGUAUAUAUAUAUAUAUAUAUAUAUAUAUAUAUAUAUAUGUGUGUGUGUGUGUGUGUAUAUAUAUAUAUAUAUAUAUAUAUAUAUAUGUAUGUAUGUAUGUAUGUAUGUGUGUGUGUGUGUGUGUGUAUAUAUAUAUAUAUAUAUAUAUAUAUAUAUAUAUAUAUAUAUGUAUGUGUGUGUGUGUGUGUGUGUGUGUGUGUAUAUAUAUAUAUAUAUAUAUAUAUAUAUAUAUAUAUAUAUAUAUAUGUAUGUGUGUGUGUGUGUGUGUGUGUGUGUGUGUAUAUAUAUAUAUAUAUAUAUAUAUAUAUAUAUAUAUAUAUGUAUGUGUGUGUGUGUGUGUGUGUGUGUGUGUAUAUAUAUAUAUAUAUAUAUAUAUAUAUAUAUAUAUAUGUAUGUGUGUGUGUGUGUGUGUGUGUGUGUGUGUAUAUAUAUAUAUAUAUAUAUAUAUAUGUGUGUGUGUGUGUGUGUGUGUGUGUGUGUGUGUGUGUGUGUAUAUAUAUAUAUAUAUAUAUAUAUGUAUGUGUGUGUGUGUGUGUGUGUGUGUGUGUAUAUAUAUAUAUAAUAUAAAAAAUACUAAUUGGAGAUUUUAGAAAAAAAUUGACCUUAGCUUCCCUGCUGAGUUCAGUUUUUCUACGGUAAUUGUGAUGCUAUUUGUCAACUGAAAAAAAUAUAUAUAUAAUUUUUAAAAAGUCAAAAUUCUCUGUUUUUUGUUUAUAAUUAAUGUAAUCCUGUGUUGCACCACCAACGGAAAACUGCAGUGAAAUAAAUAUCAGUGAAGCUUAAUCUGUAUAAAGAAUGCAAUGAAUAAAAUACUAAGAUGCUUA